UUUUUCAGCUGCUCCUGUUCUGCUGCACCAUGGCGGCCGCUCCGUGCCUCUUUCUCGCCGUCACGUUAGUACUGCUGUCCGGUUUUUCCGCCGCCGCAUCGGCGCACAGGGAGGUGAUGGAGCUCGGGGACACGGACUUCGACUACCUGGCAACGGAGCAUGAGACCAUGCUGGUGAAAUUCUACGCUCCAUGGUGUGGUCACUGUAAGAAAUUGGCUCCCGAGUUUGAGAAAGCCGCCAGUCGGCUGAAAGGAAGUGUUCAGUUAGCAAAGGUAGACUGUACAGCAAACUCUGAGUUGUGCAGUCGUUUUGGGGUCUCAGGUUAUCCCACCUUGAAGAUUUUCAGGUACGGCAAAGACUCCGCCCCCUAUGAUGGUCCUCGAACUGCAGAGGGGAUCUACGAACACAUGAGGAGGCAGACUGGUCCGGACUCUGUCCACCUGAAGACCAAAUACGACCUGCAGGCCUUCGUCAACAACUAUGAUGCCAGCAUUGUCGGUGUGUUCUCAGGUGUGGACAGCCCCCAUCUGGCUGAGUUCACGAAAGCCGCCGCUCUGCUCAGAGAACAGUUCCGGUUCGCUCACACCACCGAAGUGCAGUUAGCUGAAGAGCACGGUGCCAACUCAGAGUGUGUGCUGCUGUUCAGACCUCCAAGACUCACCAAUGCCUUUGAGGACAGCGUGGUUAUCUUCAGAGACUACCUGACCAUCGGCUCGCUGCGGCGCUUCAUCAGAGAUCACAUGUACGGCCUGUGUCCUCACAUGACUUUGGAGAACAGAGACCGUCUGAGAGUCCGAGACCUGCUGACGGCAUACUCUGACCUCGACUACCAUCACAAUAUCCCCGGCUCCAACUACUGGAGGAACAGGGUAAUGAAGGUGGUGUCUAAGUAUGCUGGGCGUGGUCUAACCUUCUCCGUAGCCAAUAAGAAGGACUUUCUGUCUGAGCUGGAGGAAGACUUUGGUGUGGGGAUGUCAGACGGAGGAGAGCUGCCCUUCGUCACCAUCCGAACCCGCCUCGGCCACAAGUACACCAUGAGGGAAGAGUUCACGAGGGACGGUGCGUCUCUGCAGAGAUUUCUGGAAGAUUACUUUGCAGGUCAACUCAAACGUUACAUCAAGUCAGAACCGGUACCUGAAAAGAACUCUGUGGCUGUCAAAGUGGUGGUAGCGGAGUCGUUUGAUCAGCUGGUGAACGACCCAGAUAAAGAUGUUCUGAUCCAGUUUUUCUCUCCGUCAUGUCCUCACUGUAAGAAGCUGGAGCCGGUCUACAAAGAGCUCGCUGACACGCUGCGAUCUGACCCCAACAUCAUCAUUGCCAAGAUGAACGCUGUGGCCAACGAUGUGCCGCUGGGCUACGACGUCCAAGGGUUUCCCACCAUCUACUUUGCUCCAGUGGGGAGGAAGGACGAGCCCAUCAGAUACCAGGGUAACCGUGAGCUCAAAGACUUCCUGCGGUUCCUGAAGCGAGAGGCGAGUCACAGUCUGGUGUUCAGCGGCUUCAGAGAUGAACUGUGACCCCACCUCUCCCCUCACCCACCAAUGAGAAUGGACCGCACUGGCCUCCAUGACAGCAGUGUGGAGGAGGGCCUGAAUCUGGACUUCAGUUGCAGGACAUCAUGUCAGGACAGCCACUGCAUCCAAUCAGAUUCCUCCCUGAUCCCUAAAACACACCACUGUUAGUAAUGCCAUUGUCAGUUGCCUCAUUAUUUAUUUAUUUAUUCAUUUAUUUAUUUGUUUGUUUACACGACAUUGUGCAUCAAA